CUACUAAAGCUCCCCCGUAGAACCAGACCACUGAAUCUAGGUCAUUUCACUCAGCUGUAGAAAUUGAUAGGAACGCUGCAUUGUUCUGGUAUCUUCUUAAAGCUACAAUCUGUAGCUUUGUGUUGGUGUAAGGCCCAUCUGUGUGUGAUGUAGUGCCGCUGAGAUAAUGGGGGUUUUAAUACUACACUUUUAAAGAAAGCAGGCGAGUCACCUGAGGUCCCAACUGCAUGGUUCAGGUAUGUCCUUAAAGCUCCAAUCCGGAGCUUUGCAGUGCUGUAAGGCUUGUUUUCAUAUCAUUUUGCUCUGCUGAGUAAUUGGAGUGUUAAUACAACUUCAGAAUCUCUGUGGGCGAGAGUGAGAUCUCUGUAAAUGAAUCCUGGGUGCUGAGGGGUAGGAGACAUAAGGCCAUUUUUGAGUCCUUUGCAGUACCUGGUGGGACUAUACAUUGUAGUUUAUUAAACAUGUCGUAAUAAUUUGAGUUAUAUAUCAUUGAAGGUAGCCUGGGUAUGGAGGCGACCCUGGACUGAUUGUCAUCAUUCGCACAGUGUGGAGAAAUAAGGUCAUUUCUGAGAGUCUUGCAGUGCCUGGUGGGACCAUAUGUUACUUUAUCAAAGUGUAGUAACAUUAAUUAAUAAUAAUAUAAUAAUAAAAGUAGUAAACGUAAUAGUAAAUAUUGAGUUGUGCUGGAAGCUUGGGAAUCCUUAUGUGUGGACAACACCCUAGUGAAAAAAUGUUGGCCUGGACAAUUAGUAGGUGGGCGGAGUUAUUUGGCUGAACCAGGUACAUGCAGUUGGUCAAUUCAAUUCAGGUGGGUGGGGCUUAGAUCGGCUGAUUCAGAUAAAUACAGAAGGAAUUGUGAGGGACCAUUUUGCUUUUGGACCUACUUUGAAUAGGACUCUUUUCUGCCUCUGGACCUCCUUGGAUUAGGACUCUUCUGCUUUGUUAGAAGACAGGAGAGAGAAGGAGUUUUGGAAGAAAUGGAUUCUCGAAUAAAUACCAAAAAGGAUCGCCGCAUUGUUCACUGCCUUCUGUGCCACAAGGCACAGGACUGCUUGCCCACCCACCUUCUCAGAAACUGCAUGAAAAAUGCUUCACCAGAAGAAAGACAGGCAGAGGUGAAGAGGGCGAAAGAAAGUGUGAAAAAUUGGAAUCGCUACCACCGCAACUGGGACUACAUGGAGUUGUGCAGCCUCAUCCCUGACCAGGUCAGCAGAUGGAACAUGAUCAGAAAUUUGCGGGAAAAGUCUUUUUUUGUGGCUGGUGCGCCCUCUGACCAGGAUAAUGAGGUAGCAACCAGUCGAGAAAGGGCCGCUGCAAUGGCCAUCAGGCCAAUGGAGGUCACUGUUACUAGCAAAAGCAAAAGCACUGGGGCUUCAGACUCAUCUGAUUCCGAUGGUGGGUCAUCUGGGGAUUCAACAUGGCAAGACCCAUCUGCUCCACAGGGGAGUGGAGUACGCAUCAAUAUGCAAAGAUUGGGACUCUACGACAAGUUUCCAGCUGAGACCCCAGUACUCCAACAAUUCAAAACGUAUUUGUCGUCUGAGCUUGAUGUCCCAAACUGCCAACAAGAAGUUGAUAACGUGUCUCGGAUGCUGAGAUACAUGCAGCCGACCGGGAAAGACGUCGACAUGGGCUUCCUUGUGAAAACCACAGAAACCAGAGACUUCAUUCAAGCUCUACGGAAUGCCGAUCUGAAGCCUGCCACUAUUUUAAACUAUAUCAAACAUAUGAUCCGCUUUGUUUCCUUCCUUCACAUCCGGGAAUUCGGGAACAAGGACUUCAAAUAUGACUGUGCAGGGUACAUCCAGUUUUUGAGCACCAUCAAGAAGUCAGUGGCAGAGUCCCACAGCAGGACCGUGUGUUCAACAAGGAAUAACUGUUACAUUCAAGGCCAAAAGACACUGAGCGACUGUCGGGCCAUUCUGCGGAUGUCCAAGGAGGACAUGCUUGGCCUGUUUGCUAGGUACAAGGAAGGACAGAUUGUAGCGGCAGAUGAAAACACAUUGUUUCGUUACUACUGCGAGGCCAUCCUUGUCUUUGGACAUUUUCAGAAGCCAGGUGUCGUUGAGGGCAUAACUGUCAGCGAAUGGCUGGACAAAAAACAUGUGAAUGGAAGAGUGUGUUUUGGCAUCAGUGAGCACAAAACCCAAUUACUUACAGUUGCAAUGAACGCGGAGGAUGCUGCUAUGCUGGAUGCCUAUUUUGAGCAUGUACGCCCAUCUUGCUUAAAGGAAGAUGUUGAUGACAAGGGGAAAUUUUUCAUUAGCUCAACUGGACGACCGAUUUCCAGUGUCUCAAAUGACCUGUCCCGCUUUCAUUUCCACUACAAGCUGCCAAACGUCACCAGCCAGGAGAUCAGGCGAGUGUUAGAAACCUCAGUUUCCACAAUGUUCACUGAGGAACAGAAGAGACAGGUAGCGCGGUAUUGGCUCGUUCCAAUAAAGUGGCAAAUGAGCACUACCGGAUGAAAACCCUGGAGAAUGCAGUAACCGCUGCCAACUUGCUGGCUGCCAUAGGAGGAGACAGCAGCCCUGAUGAGGAGCCUGCCAGGAAAAAGAGGAGAGGGGAGAGCAGCAGCAGUAAGGAGCAGAAGACCUUUUCACAGUUCAUAGAAGUGUUUCCUGUGUCGCUUAAUGGACAGCCUCCUGCAAAGGCAGCACGAGUUGAGGCUGGUUUUCCACAAGAUCGUAGUUUCUACGAUAAGUGGAGGGCUGCCCAGUUCAGCCUGCGGGAGUCACACCUUUUAUCACAAUGCUACAGACGGCAACCAACACUGAACAAGGUGGCCAGAAUGCUUGAGAUGGAGGGUUGGACUGCCAAUCAUCCAUCAGCAGAACAGAUUUUGGCAAAAUGGCAGCCACCAAAGAAAACAGAUGUGGAAACAGACACGGACCUGAUGAGCAGAAUUGAGCGGCAGAAAUGGUCGGGUCUUGUCAUCAAAAAGUUUGAUGACAAACAAGGAGAGGGCGUUGUGGCAACGAAGCAUUUUGCAAAGGGCUCAAUUAUCUGUGAUUACCAUGGAGAAUUGAUCUCUGGUGAAGAAGGUGAAGCCAUCCUUAAGGCCACACCACAAGACACCAUGGUAUACUUAUUUUUCUUCAUGGCCGAUGGGAAGCGCUUAUGCAUAAACGCCCAGCCAAGCCGUUGCAAAUGCCACCCAUCCCUGGAAACUGUGGGACGUAAACUGAACCAUUCGAGGAAGAACCCCAACGUUAAACCUCUUCACUGCAAAAUGCAGUUUAGCAGUGGAGUGAAAGACACCUUGUUGCUGGUGGCAGCGAAAAACAUUGCUGUGGGUGACAAACUCAAAUUUGAUUAUGGGGUGAAUCGGAAGUCCUUUCGUGGGGAAGGACUUGACCUUGAGUGGCUGGAUGAAUAAUUUGAACUAUCAUCUAUACUUGGCCUGCUGUCAAGUUAAAGGAUUAGAGCAGAUACUGCUUGUCUUUCUUAAGGUUUUUUUGUAGAAAGAAAACAGUUUGGCAGUUUUUUAUUCUAUAUUUUUUAAUGUCAAAUUUUUUUGAACGACGAAUGUAGAACAUGCUAAUCUGUCACAGCCUAAAAGUUUUUAAUGUUUUUUUUUUUUUUUAAAUGCCAAAAGAUUUGUAAAGUAGUUUUUCUUUGACACACUGUAACUGAUGGUAAAACUGUUGUAAAUGCAUAUUCUGUAAAUAAUAAUUUUUUAUUUUAUUUUUACAGUUACUUAGAAGCUUAGUUUCUUGUCCUAAUAUCUAAAUCCAUUACACAGCCAACCCUGUUCAUGUGCUCUGGCUUUAAUUCUGCAUAGAGAUUGUCUUAUAAUAUGAGUAAUCAAGGGUGAUAUUUGAGUGAAGGCAACCUGGGUGCAGAAAGGACCCUGGACUAUCACCGUCACUGUCUCUGAGUUCCUGGUACUGUCUAGUGAGCCCCUACAUUGUAUGUGAAAUAUAUAUUAAAAUAUAAGGUCCUAUCUACUAAGAUAAAAUAGGAUUGAUGAGUGAAGUCAGCCAGGUUUUCGUGAACAGCAGGACGCUGCUUGUCCUGUACUCCAGUUGGUGCCGUGUGAGUGCUGCCAGCUCGUCCAUCUUGUUGGGGAGAGAUCUCACGUUUCCCAUGAUGACGGAGGGGACAGAGGGUCUGAAGCGUCUCGUUUUUUGUUUUGUGAUCCACCAGCUGCAAUCAAUCUGUCAUUUACUCAUUUUAUUUAAGCCCAGUAUUCACUUCAAUCCUCUGCCAGAUUGUUGUGUGCGUUUACUCACCACUAUCCAGCGUUCCUAGUCUUGUUAUCUUUACUGUGUCUUGAUCCAGUUCUGUUACCAACCUUGUCUCCAGCCUUGUCCCUGUGAUAUCCAUCUACCUGAAAAAGCAUGACCACCGUGUACAUUAGGCCAUCAAGUGUUCUUUCAGUUCCAGUAAGCUGUUAAAAAAUAAUGUUGUAAAGCUAUAAUCUGUUUUAGGGACUUGAUCCAGAGGAUAACUGUAUGGAAGUUGAUGCUACAGCUUUCAGUGACCAAAGAACAACUGCUAGUCAAAUCAGCAACUAUAUGAUUACAAGGGCCAGGGGAAACCAAACUGCACCAGCACAGCAGGUUUCUAGUUCUCCUUUAACGUGAGGAGCUAAAGAAAACCAAUCCACUGCAUCACAACAAGAGUGCAGUGACAACAUGGCCAGAGGAAACCAGUUUGGGGACAGGGUAACUAGAGGGAACCAGUCCGUUGACGACAGGCCCAUUGGAAACCAAUCCAGUGAUAGUGUAAUCAGAGAACAACUGUACACUGUAUCACCUCAAGCAUCUGGUCUCACUGACCUGAAUGACACCAUGAAGUAGAUUCCAUCAGCUAGCAGUGAUGACUAUGCUGCUUACCUUUCAGUAAUGGAUUCCAUUACAGAGCUUUCUUCUGAUGAUGAGGACUUAAACAAGGCUAUCAUAGCCAGUCUUGAGAGUAAUAUGUAGGUUAUUGGAUUGUGUUACAGUACUGCAGUAGUGAGAGUGCAGUAACUGCAAAUAUUAUUAGUGUAAUUGGAGUUUGGCAUAAUUAAAUUCUGUCUACUGAUCGGAGCACUAGUUGGGCUCAGAUGUUAGUAGUGUUGCACCAGAUGCAGGUACCACAUAGAUUGUGUGACUCAUAAUUAUAUUGUUGAUAUUGUAACUUAGUAGUGUGUAGCUCCAGGUGUUUCAUUAACAUUGAUUUUGCCAGCUUCUUACAGUAUCCAAGCAAAUGUUACAGGAACACAUGAAGAAGAACUAUCUUUACAUACUCAUGGUUUAGAAUAUAUGUUAAGUAAAGUGUGCACUGUUAGUCAUGAUAUGAUAAAAUUGUGGUAAAGUUGUGUUGAAAUAAUAGAUUAAUGGAAUUCCACUGUUAUCUAUAGAUAUUUUAAUCAGAAUUCUACUCAUUAUUCUUUAAACAGGACGUCUCAACACUAAAACACUAAAUCAGCACAGGAGGUGCUUCUCAGUCUUGCUUCCCAAAUUGACUUUAACUAAAGGUUCAACACCAGUAAAUCUGCAGGACUGCACUGGAAGGACUAAAGUAAAGACCACUAAUCUGCAGCUCAAGGAGGAUAGUUAUGCUUCACAGUUCAUUAGUGCAAAUGUAAUUGAGAAUAACUUAAUUGAAAUUUUUGAUUGUUGCUGAUUCACUUUUUGUCAGUUUUCAACCAUUAUUUCUCCAUUAUUUUGGAGAAGCAAAGCAUUUUUAGACUUGCAGAAUCUGAAUGAAUUAAUAUGUAUGUAUGUAUGGUUUCCUAACAUAUCUUAAACGUUUUCAAAUGUCUUCUUUCUUUGUCUUGUCUAAAUUUCAGGUGUCAUAAUGUGCAUCUGUGGUUGACCUGUUGCAAACCACAGAACCACUGCAGGAUUACCUGGCACAUGCUGGGUGUCUCAGCCCAUUUAAAUGUAUUGAAAAGAGAGACCUGUUGGUUCAAGACAUUCUUGUCACUAUUCUGGACUCAUUGCCACGCCUAGUGUCAUUUCCUGUUUUAUUUUGUAUACAUUUCCUGUUUUGCUGUGUCUUGUUUAGUUUCUGCCUGAUAUCUCCAGUCACAUGAUUCCCCAGAUGUAAACCACGUAGAACAGUGACAUCUGGUGGUGAACUGCAAGUAUAUACUCUACUUCAACCAGCCUCCUUGUCCUUGCUGUACUUCAAUAUGUAGAUCAUAAAAAGUGCAAAAACC